AUGGCAUUUCUUUCCUUCCUUCUUUCUUUCUUUCUUUCUUUCUUUCUUUUUCUUCUUACGUUGCUCGCCGACAUUUCUUUCUUUCUUUAUUUGCUCACAUUUCUUUCUUUCUUUCUUUCUUUCUUUCUUUACUUGCUAACAUUUCUUUCUGUCUUUCUUUCUUUACUUGCUAACAUUUCUUUCUUUCUUUCUUUCUUUCUUUCUUUCUUUCUUUCUUUCUUUCUUUCUUUCUUUCUUUCUUACGUUUGCUUGCCGAUAUUUCUUUCUUUACUUGCUAACAAUUCUUUCUUUCUUUCUUUCUUUUUUCUUCCUUUCUUACGUUGCUUGCCGACAUUUCUUUCUUUCUUUCUUUUUUCUUUCUUUCUUUUUUCUUUCUUUCUUACUUUAUAUCUAUCUAUCUAUCUAUCUAUCUAUCUAUCUAUCUAUCUAUCUAUCUAUCUAUCUAAUUCAGCCUCUUCAUAUCUAUGUAUACGCGACUUGUACAUAAUAAACACCACGUUCCCGUAUCUAUCUAUCUAUCUUAGUUUAUUCCCACCCAUCACGGUCACUUCCUAUCUAUCUAUCUAUCUAUCUAUCUAUCUAUCUAUCUAUCUAUCUAUCUAUCUUAGUUUAUUCCCACCUAUCACGGUCACUUCCUAUCUAUCUAUCUAUCUAUCUUAG